GGGAUCAGUAUGGAUAUAUCAUUACACAGCAUCCUCUAAACAACACGGUCGAAGACUUCUGGUCCAUGGUCUCGCAGCAGGCGGUUGAUGUCAUUGUAUCGAUUGGUACACCUCAGGGUGACGCGAGAUGGCCCACACAAGAAGGACACGUUGACACGUUUGGCGACUACACCGUUAUGUAUGACGACACUCAGCCGCAAUCAUUGAAGUCGGAUGGUGUGAUCAAACGGAAGCUUUCAAUUCAGAACAAGAAAGCAACGACUAGAACUGUUGUAACCAUUCUUGAAACAUCGUCUUGGAACGAGUCACUUCCCUCGACAAAAUCGAUGUUGGAAUUGAUUCAACAAGUGUUAACCUCAAAAGGCAGUGUAACAUCACCAGUCGUCAUAACCUGCUCUAAUGGGUCAUCUGAAAGCGGACUUUUGUGUGUCAUAUGUAACGUGAUGGAACGCCUGGAGGUUGAUGGUGAGGUAGACAUCAUGGCGGCAGCAAGACAGCUUCAAAUCCGAAGACCGCAGUGUCUGCAAAAUAUGGCGCAGUAUCAGUUCCGCUACAAGGUGAUGAAAGACCAUUUGGAUAACGGAAGUGUGUAUGCCAACAUUUGACGUUUGAGAAAUAUGUUUGGUGAAAAACAUUGACAACUAGAAGUCAGCCUCAGAAUGGAGAGUAUUUUCGUGAUGUAAAAUUAUGAUCCUUUCAAGACUAGAAGUAGAUUUAUAUACAUUGUAGCUGUAAAUAAUUAUGUGCGAUUCAUACUACUGUACAUAGGUAUAGUUGAAAUUGAUGCCGACGUCGAAAACAAGUGAUUAAUACAUGUCGUAAAGUUACUGUUAGUAAUCAUUUUGUAAUACAGUUAAACCUCGAUAUAAUGCCCUUCGUUUCAUUUACUUCAUCGUUUACCGCCAACAUAUUUCAAUGUUCAAUUGUUUUCUUCAGAAUUUCAAUUUAAUACUAAACCCCCUUAUAACGCCAAAAUUUCUCUGGACAAUUGGUGGCAUUAUA